UGAGAGGUUUACAGUAAAUGGACACUCCUGCGGCGCAGCUCCGGGAGGAUCAGGGCAUAACAGGGCGUGGUGGCUUUGUGGUGGCACUGCUGAGCAUUUGCAUCAACAGAAAUUUGUGCAGAGCAAAUAUUUGCUUUCAAGAGAGCAGGCGGGAUUGGUCACCGCGCGUGGGAUUUCAAUUAGUUUCGCUGAGAAGGCCCAAGGGAACGCAGCGAUGGAGCCUCCGCUAAUGUGUCUAAUCAUCCUAUCCGUGUUAUCCUGCUCGACAGAUCGUGCGGGCGGUCAGGCCAUAUCUGCCUCGGAGAAUCCAAUCGCCGUGGGGAAAAAUGUCACCCUUUUCAGCCAGAACCAAGUCACCACGGGCGCGUGGCUCUUCAACAACAACCUGGUGGUGAUCAUUAUCCCCGGAGGUGCGAUCCUCGCCGCCAACUGGACAAGCAGGGUGCUGUUCAAUUCCACCACGUCGGCGUUGACGGUGAUGUCGCUCAGCUUGGAGGAGUCCGGGACGUACACGCUGCAGGACGUGGGUUCCUCCGCUUCCCAGUUAGUGCUGUCGGUUCAAGAGCCGAUUUCGGGCGUGUCCAUGACCACCAACGGCAGCCACCUGGUGGAGUUCAACGACACGGUGACGCUCACCUGCGCCGUGGUCACGGGCACUUCCCUUUCCUUCCAGUGGCUCAACGACACGGCCGAGGUGACGCCCGGCGGAUACGUCCAUUUCAACGACGACGGCUCCUCGCUCACCCUCGCCAAAGUGAUGCGCUACGACGAGGGCCCGUUCAAGUGUAACGUGACCAACGGCAUCAGCCAGGGAAUCAGUUCGUCUGCACAAUUCAACAUCAGCUGUGAGUUACGAGCGUCGUUGCGGCACCGAUCAAUGCACACCCACAUCACGGGCUCACACAUCACUCUGUCGUGCUCGGCCGAGUCCAAACCCGCCGCGACGAUCCACUGGACGCUGGACGGGAUGAACCUCAACCACACCGGGGCGCAACUUGAGCUACCGAUGGUCGAGGAGAGCCAUUCGGGCGACUACCGGUGUCACCUGUACAACUCCGUCACAUCGAGGUUCAGCAGUGCAAGCGCAGUGAUCAGGAUCAUGGCACCCAUCACAGCCGUGAUGGUGAACCACACGGGCGGAGUGGCGGUGGCCGAAGAGCCGUUCACCCUCAACUGUCACGUGAGCGGAGAGGCAGACCUCAUCCAGUGGCUGAAGAACGGUCACCUGGUGUCCGCCGACAACACCACCGUCUUUGAUGCCGAGAACCGGACGCUGACUCUGAGCCCGGCCCAGCCCGCAGAUGCUGGCCAGUAUCAGUGUCAGGCUUCCAACGCCGUCAGCAACAUGACCAGCAUUCCGUACACCCUGGAAGUCUACUACGGCCCAAACACGCCGAUGAUCACGGCUCCCUCCUUGGCCCUGAUUGGAAAACACGUGCUCCUCAAUUGCUCCAGCAGCUCCCAUCCUCCGAGCGUGUACAAGUGGAGCUUAAACGGCACCCAAGUGGCAAACACCGCCGAGUACCUGACGGGACCGUUGGCAUUCAACAUGAGCGGGAUGUACACCUGCAUGGCUUUCAAUAAUGUCACGGGAAGAAACAGCACCGCCACCCACAUGCUCACCGUUUUAGCUCCAGUGAGCAUGGCCUCGAUAACGGCGGCUGGUGCACAUCCGAUCCUGAACCAAAUGUUCAGCCUCACCUGCGAGACCGUAGGAAGCGUAGAGACCAUCACCUGGAUGCAUCACGGCGCCCCACUGUACCCGGACGGCAACACAAGCCUCUCCUUGAAUAACGCCACCCUCACUUUUGACCCUGUGUUGAUGUCCCACAAUGGCAAUUACACGUGCGAAGCUUCCAACCCUCUCAGCGGCCUCACCAGUGAAAAUUAUGCCCUCAAUGUCAUACAUGGACCCGGGGUGCCAAACGUCACGUCACCCAUUGUGACGGUGGAAGGAAGCAGUGCCACACUCAACUGCAGUGCCUUGUCAUACCCCGCGAGCCAGUACACGUGGUUCUUCAACGGCACCCCUGUGGCCAACACCUCCGCGUACCUAGCAAGUGCUCUCAGCACAAACAUGAGCGGCACGUACACUUGCAUGGCCCGCAACACAAUCACCGGUGACAACAGCUCCGCCGACACCGUGCUGACCGUUCUCGAGAAAAUCAAACACGUACACAUCGAGGUGCCCGUGCAUCCUCCUGUGGAAGGAUACUCCUACAUGAUGACAUGCAACGUGUCCGGGCCUGCUUACCAAGUGUUAUGGCUAAAGAAUGGAGAGCCCCUGAUCACGGACGCCAGGGUUGUGAUGUCCAUGGAUAAUCGGACCGUCACGCUCAACGAGCUGCACCGGAAUGAUUCCGGACAGUACCAUUGCUGGGCUAUUAAUCCGGCUCAACAGCUAGCAAGCCCUCCUCAUCUGCUCCUUGUAAAUUUUGGACCGGAGACGCCGAUGGUUUACGGUCCGUCGAUGGCCGUGGAGGGACAGUCGGUAAACUUCAGCUGCUCGGCAGUGUCGCUGCCCGACAGCCACUUCAGCUGGUGGCUCAACAUCAGCCUGGUUGCCAACAGCUCCGUGUAUGUGACUCCUCCUCUGACGCUCAACAUGAGCGGACAAUACACCUGCAUGGCCCGCAAUCCCGUGUCAGGCAAGAACACCACAAGAGCCCUGAUGCUCAAUGUUAUUGAGAACAUCGAGUCAGUGGUGGUGAAAAACGACACGAUUCCCAUCGAUGGCUACAACUUCACGCUCACCUGUGUGGUGGACGGGCCAUACACAUCCAUCGAGUGGAAGAAGGACAGCGCGCACCUGAUGGCAACCAAUCACUCCCAUUACUACAUGGAAGAAAAUAAGCUUCACUUCGCGCCCUUGACGCGCGAUGACGACGGCACGUACGAGUGCGUCGCCAACAAUCUGGUUGGUCCUCACCCAAGCCCCCAGUACAACCUCCUGGCAAACUACGGCCCUCUCAGCGUGGCUAUCUUGGGUCCAGACUUGUCUACAAGCGACCUCACCAUUUCCAUCACGUGCGUGGCCGAUUCGCGGCCGCAAAGCGAGUACGAGUGGUUUCUAAAUGACGUGCCGUCAUCAGUCAUCGGCGUCGGCAGCAUCAUCCAAAUCCCGCUGCUGGUGUCCAACUACACGUGCAAGGCGACGAACCCCGUCACCAACGUCACCAUGUCUCACACUAAGUCCCUCAACCCUUUCGGUUCCGCUUCUGCCUUCCAUUCGCCAUCCCAAAAAGUGCUCGUGAUCAUAAGCGUUUUUAUGAUGCAGGUUCUCUUCUACUGAACAGCCCCAAAUCAUUUUUUUCAAUUUGUAGGUGGCAAAACACAAGAAGGCCAGGCGUCCUUGUUGUCAGUCAUUUUUGGUUGUUUGGAGAAGACGCACGAACAUUUGUAACAAUCUGAGAUUUUUCAUUUUUAAUGGCAGCCUGUUGUGAUUAUCGCUGUCACUGCACUGGAACACUUUUUCAUCCUUUCAAAGUGGCUCCAUUUUCUCACUUGAUCACAAUCAACUCUUGCACUUCUCCCGCCCCCGCCCAAAGUCACGUGAGAUCAAACAAACUGUAUGGAGUGUGUGUGAACUUUAUCAUGCGUUGAUUUGUAGUAUUUAUUUCUAAAUCAGUAAACCUUGGAAGACUG